UCAAUCACUGGCUGGCAAGACUUACAACCGAUCGAGCUUCAUCAAAACACACCAUAUGUCCGCAACUUUGACAUCUUUGGCAACUUUCCUCAACUAAGUGGAGACGUGGAGAAUGAACACUUGUUCAAUCGCAAAGUACACAAUAUGGUAGUUCGUGGAGCAUUCAUUGGCGCAAAGAACACAGCAACUCACUUCCACAAGGACUCUGGAGAUAAUGUUGUGGCAGUGAUCAGAGGAUCAAAGUUUGUGGUCUUGGUUCCACCAAGUGAAGAGACCAAAGUCAUUAGAACUAAUGUUAACAUUGCAAACGAUGACAUUCAACAUCAAGGAGAAGCUGUACAUGGAAAUAGUUUACCUUUGAUUGAACAUCCAUCAAUGGAGAGAGUUGGCCAAGUCUACACAACGACAUUGAAAGCAGGUGAUGCAUUAUUCAUUCCAAUUGGAUGGGUACAUUAUGUUCAUAACCUAGAGUUUACAAUCUCAGUUAGUUGUUGGGGAAAAGAGAUGAUUGAC